UAUUUCCAUCAGUCUACAAGUGAAGACGAGCAUCAAAGUAUCAGGAAGAAGUGAAAUCUGCAGAGACAGAGUUUAUUGAAGGACAGAGAGAACAUGAGAGAUCCAGAACCCUGCAGAAUGAAACACACUGAAGAACAAACAGAGUUGAUUGAAGAAAAUGAGGAGAAUGAAGAACUGAAUGAAGAGGAGAAACAUCACGUCAAAACUGGAGAAAAACCUUUGAGUCGCUCUCAAACCAAAGAGAAAGAUUUAAAGAAAAGAAGAGCCAAGAAAUCUUUCACCUGCACUCAGUGUGGUAAGAGUUUGACAAACAAACAGAGUUUCGAGAUUCACAUGAGGAUCCACACUGGAGAGAAACCAUUCACUUGUGAUCAGUGUGGGAAGAGUUUCACACAAUCAUCAAACCUUAAGAAACACAUGAUCAUCCACACUGGAGAGAAAGUGCAUGAAUGUGAUCAAUGUGGAAAAACAUUUUUGUGGGCCUCAGCACUGAAGGAUCACCUGAAAGUUCAUACGAAGGAGAAACCACAUUCAUGUUCUUUGUGUGGAAAGAGGUUUUCACUGCUGCAGAAUUUAAAAGUUCAUCAGAAGAUACACAUUGGUGUGAGAGAUCAUAUGUGCUUUGAGUGUGAGAAGACUUUUAUUAGAGCUGAUCAAUUGAAACUGCACCUGAGGAUUCACACUGGAGAGAAACCUUACAAGUGUUCACACUGCGACAAGAGAUUUAGUCGGUUUGAAACCCUGAAAACACACGAGAGGAUCCACACUGGAGAGAAACCUUACACAUGUGAUCAGUGCGGGAAGAGUUUUAGACAAUCGCAAAGACUUAAGCAACACAAACAUAAACACUAG